AUGGACCACCAGGAACCCUACUCGGUGCAGGCCACUGCGGCCAUCGCGGCGGUCAUCACCUUCCUCAUCCUCUUCACCAUCUUCGGCAACGCGCUGGUCAUCUUGGCUGUGCUGACCAGCCGCUCGCUGCGCGCCCCGCAGAACCUGUUCCUAGUGUCGCUGGCCGCCGCCGACAUCCUGGUAGCCACCCUCAUCAUCCCUUUCUCGCUGGCCAACGAGCUGCUGGGUUACUGGUACUUCUGGCGCGCCUGGUGCGAGGUGUACCUGGCGCUCGACGUGCUCUUCUGCACUUCCUCCAUCGUGCACCUGUGUGCCAUCAGCCUCGACCGCUACUGGGCCGUGAGCCGGGCCCUGGAGUACAACUCCAAGCGCACCCCGCGCCGCAUCAAGUUCAUCAUCCUCAUCGUAUGGCUCAUCGCAGCUGCCAUCUCGCUGCCGCCCCUCAUCUACAAGGGCGACCAGGGCCCCCAGCCCCCAGCCCGCCCUCAGUGCAAGCUCAACCAAGAGGCCUGGUACAUUCUGGCCUCCAGCGUUGGCUCCUUCUUUGCACCCUGCCUUAUCAUGAUUCUGGUCUACCUGCGCAUCUACCUGAUCGCCAAGCGCAGCCAUUGCAGAAGCCCCAGGGCCAAAGCGGGGCCUGGGGAGAGGGCGUCUAAGCAGCCACACCCUGUCCCUGGGGAAGUUUCAGACUCAGCCAGACUGCCAACCUUGGCCUCUCAACUGGCCACUCCUGGAGAGGCCAGCGGAUGCUCCCAACCUCGCCCAGGGGAGAAGGGUGAGGGGGAGACCCCUGAAGACCCUGGCACUCCUGCCUUGCCACCCAGCUGGCCUGUCAUCCCCAACUCAGGCCAGGGUCAGAAGGAAGGGGUUUGUGGUUCAUCUCUGGAGGAGGAGGCAGAGGAGGAGGAAGAGGAGGGUUGUGAGCCCCAGGCCUUGCCAGCGUCUCCCUCCUCAGCUUGCAGCCCGCCGCUGCAGCAGGCACAGGGUUCCCGGGUGCUGGCAACCCUGCGUGGCCAGGUGCUCCUGGGCAGGGGCACAGGCCCUGCGGGGGUGCAGUGGUGGCGGCGGCGGACACAGCUGAGCCGGGAGAAGAGGUUCACCUUCGUGCUGGCUGUGGUCAUCGGCGUCUUCGUGCUCUGCUGGUUCCCUUUCUUCUUCAGCUACAGCCUGGGUGCCAUCUGCCCGCAGCACUGCAAGGUGCCCCACGGCCUCUUCCAGUUCUUCUUCUGGAUCGGCUACUGCAAUAGCUCGCUGAACCCCGUCAUCUACACCAUCUUCAACCAGGACUUUCGCCGUGCCUUCCGAAGGAUCCUGUGCCGCCAGUGGACCCAGACGGCCUGGUGA